CGUUGGAGUGAGUAGGAGCAUGUCGGAGCAUGGCGACGCGAACAAACCAUAUAUCAUCCCCCCCAUGAUCGUAUCGUCCCAUAUCAGCAGGGACGCAAACUAAUAAGAAGAAGAAGAUUUGUUUAUGGUGUGUGCGUAUGUUCUAUUUUUUGAGAUGACAAAACUGCUUGAGUGGUUGUCAUGUACGACUAUAAUUUUUGGCGUGUGGUUUGCCAUACUUACAAGUAACUCUGCCUUUGUCAAGGAAUGGCAUGAAAUUAUACUCUUUCUUCCAAUUAUCUUCUUAUUUCUUUUUGGAUUAUAUGCAGCUGUUGUAAUUUUAUACAGGGUAUUUACUUUUAACACCUGUGAAAGUGCAGCUAUUGAACUUCAGCGACAAAUAGAAGAAGCUGAAAAGGAUCUUCAGAGCAAAAACGUAACAUUACGAAGGACCAAUGCAACUUACUAAAAUUCCUGUAAAUAAUUUAAAUUAAAAAACACUAAUAAGAAUUUUAAUUUGUAUUUUUUCAAAUAUAUGAUUUUUUGUACACAUGAA